GAGGGGAGGGGUUGAAGCAAGGUAAACAAAAACACAUGGAUAUCGGAUCUCUUCAUUCUCUGAUAUAAAUUUUAAUUUCAUUGCUAUUGAAAAAUUAAGCUUUGUGCACUUGAGUAGGAAUUGUUGAAGAGCCCAUUUUUAAUAUCUAACAACCACAAAAUGUUGAGCAUCUCGAGAAGUUUGGCUCUCCGAGCGUCAAAGCCGAUUUUCCUCAGUCGGUUUUUCUCAUCAAAGACUGACUCAUCUUGUACUUCGAAAUUCCUGCAACCUUUGAACAGAAAUUUUUCAAUCGGCCGGAUCCUCCGAUCAGAGAAGUUCGACGCUGUGCAGACCAAAGUGGCCAAGGACGUGAUCCUCUUUCACCACGAAAACCCGAAGUUCUUCAAGAUGCUCAACCUCUUCGGGGUGUCCCAGUUUGCCUUUUGGAUGUACCUGUCGUACUGCGCGACUACCCUGAAAGAUGUCCCUGUCAAAGAGGAUUCAAAUGCUCCUUGGUGGAUGAGCAUAAAUCUUGGCGAAAAGAAGUAUAAAAGAACGAUCACCAUCGUCAGUUUUCUAAUAGGCUAUGGAAUUUUGGCAGCCGGUUGGUUUUACACGCUGAAAGCGGUCCGGUAUUUAAUUCUGAGGAAAGGAGGAACCGAAGUGUCUUUUGUUUGCUACACCCCAUUCGGAGAAAAUAGAAUAACAACCAUCCCUUUAAAAAAUUUGAGCUGCCCUCAAAGUCGACAAGCUUGCAAAGUGCAGCUGCCAAUCAAAGCUAAAAAUUUAAGGACUCACUUCGUACUCGACAUGAAGGGCGAGUUCAAGAACCCUAAACUUUUCGACAACACCGUUGGAUUAAAGAGGAACUUAAAGUAGAAAUUUUUUGUCCCUGGAACUUCAUGAUGAGGUCCAGAAAGUAAGCAGGGAGGAAGUGGAGGAAGAUCUGAGUGAGUCGGUGCAUCAAGAAAUUGAUUCGGAAAGUGCAGCCCGGGUACCACUGGACGUAUCUGCUCGGCACCUCCCUGCCUGCCUUCACAAUGUACCGCCUCAGUUCCUCCCACUGCAGAGGAUUCAAAGUGCCCGUAGUGCAAUUAUACACUUGAAUCUUCUCCGGCCUGCGUCAAUUUUGUUUAUUUAUAACCAGUCAUAAUUAUAAUAAAUUUGUUUUGAAAUAGAAUGGAUUAUUAA